AUGAACAUCUUUGAUUUGGAUGAAGGCACAAAGUCCUUACUUACGCUUGACAACUUCCUAGGAGGGCUGACAAUCCCAGAGUUUAUCGAAACAUUAUCCAAGGAUCAUUCGCUGCUAGGAACGCAGGUUAAUGAUCUGGAGUAUCUGGACCCAAAGCCUUAUAUCAGAACAUUCGAAAGUACCAUCCAGUCUCUUUAUAGACUGAGUGAUGAAUGUUUGGCCAAAGUUAAAGCCGUGUCUGCUGAAUCUUCAGAGCUUUCAAUCAAACAUAAUAAGAAUGUGAUCAAAGUAGACGAUAAACUGAAUGAUUUGAUGAGCCUCAACAGUGUUUUGGUGGAUAAAAUAAAUACAACAUCGACGGUGAUUACUCCUCUAGGUGAAGAGAUGUUGAAACUGAGUAAAACCAAAUCAAAUUCUCAGGAGGUGAUUCAAUUGCUAAUCAAUUACCAAGAGUUUUCAAAAACUGGCACUCUUUCCAAAGACUGGCUGGUUUUAUACGACGACACAUUUACUAACCAUUCAAACUCCAUUUUUGCUAAACAUUUGGUAAACCUUAUUAACCUCUCCAAAAACAUAAUGGCCCCAGAUUUGCCUGGAUCUCAAAAAGUCUACGAAGGAUUGUUAGUAUACAGGAAUAAUUUGCUAGAAACUUUGAUACAGAAUUUUGACCAGCAGUUUUCCCCAGAGUCUUACGAAACACUACAAAAUAUUACUUCAACAUAUUUCACGUUAAGGAACAAUGUAGACGAAGAUGAUGACUUAAUCAAAUUAUUUUUGGCAAGAAUUCCAGGUUUAGAUAUGGAAGUCAACUUAACUUUUGAUACUAAUGAAGUGUCCAACCCCUUAGUGCACAAAGUUUUCAACCCACCUUAUCUUGCCCAAAUUUCUCAAGUUCUACUAGACAGUUUUGAAGAUCAAUCCCAACUGAUACUGAAAAUUUUUCCUCAAUCAUUCACAAACAAAUUAUUGUCCAUGUACAUCACAAGACUUUAUUCUGAGUUUUUGUUAGUUAAGAUUUCCACUAUACUAUCGAAUGCUGCUUCAAUAUCAAAUUUAACGUACUGCAGAGCAUUAUACGGACUUCAUACUUGGGUAAUUCAAUUGACUAAAGACUUAAAAGGACUAUUGAAUGAAAGCAUCGAAUAUGAUAGGGAUUCUCUGAAUAAUUUCCUGGACCAAGGCGCAUCUGACCUUUUCCAAAAAUUCACAGGAGUCAUAAUCGAAAAAGAGACGAGCAAUUUGGAAGACUACAUUUAUUCUGUAAUUUCUUCCUUCAACGCUAUGAGACCAAACAGAAUGGCCUUGGCUAACCAACUAAAUUACGCCAGAGGCUCUUCAGGCACUUCCAGGUUGAGCGGAUCUUUCAAAAUGUCCUCAGCAUUUCAGAAUUUUAUGAGAUCAAGAUUGGAUAGCUCCACUUCAUUGCGUGAAAAGUAUUUCAAGAAACAGCAUGUUGGGAAUGGAGACGUGAAUGAGACUCAAGUUUCUCUCGAGAAAGUAAAUCAUAUUCUCCAAAUGACUGUAGAGUCUCUAGCCAGAGUUGUCGAGUUAAACCCAGACAAGAGUUCCCAAUUUGCACUUGAAGUGUUAGAGAUUUUAAUCAUUGGAUUGGGUGAGCAUUAUGUGAAUAUAGGCUUAGAAAUAUCUUACCAGAACCUAAAGGAAUUAGAAGGCAAAGAAUCCCUGGAUCUACAGUACCUUGAGAUCACUAACCAAGCUUCCCAGAUACUUUAUCUCUUCUCUACAAGUGUUCAAACCAUCAUAAUCCCAUUGGCAUUGAAUGAUACUGUCACCAAGGACAAAAUCAUACAGCUGAGCAAUGGUUUUAUCUUUGAGUGCGAAGAAUCUAUAAAUCUAAUAGUUGACGAAACGAUAUCUUAUAUCAAUUUGUUAGUCAAUAGGUAUUUGGUUCGACAACCGAGAAAGGAAUUUGUACCAAAUGAGUACGAGUCUACCAACCUGUUGUCAAGUGAUACCACGCUUACCUGUGAAAAAAUCUCCAGAUCAUUAGAGACGGUACAUGAGCAGCUGCAUAAUAUUUUCAAGUCUGGCAAUUUGGUGAAAAUACUUGAAAAGAUCGGAGAUGGUUUGAUCUCGAGUCUGGUCAAUCACAUCAAUAGAUUCAAAGUCAUCAACGUUAAUGGUGGAAUCAUCCUUACAAAGGACAUCAUUAAAUAUCAGUCGGUAGUAUCCGCAUGGGGUAUCCAGUCUCUAAACGAUAGAUUUGGUUCAUUGAGAGAGAAGGUAAAUCUAAUAACUGUGAGGUCUUCAACUGAAAGGGAUUUGAUCAACAUUUAG